CCCUCCACCCCAGGCUGUUCUAUGACCCCUCUGGUUGGUUUCCAGGCCCAUCAGGAUGCUGCAGGUGCCGCUGCCCCUGGACCGUGAUGGGAUCCUCUUCCGGCUCCGCUUCACCACACUGGCUGUGGCAACCGUGUUCUGCCCACUCUUUGGGUUCCUGUUCUGUGUGAUCUGGUCUCUCCUCUUCCAUUUCCGGGAGACGACAGCGACUCACUGUGGGGUCCCCAACUACCUGCCCUCCAUCAGCGCAGCCAUCGGGGGUGAGACCCCACAGCGCUACGUCUGGCGCCUCUGCAUCGGCCUGCACUCAGCCCCACGCUUCCUGGUGGCCAUCGCCUACUGGAACCACUACCAGAGCUGCCACUGCUCCCACCCGCGCUACCUGCGCCUCUGCCACUGCAACCUGCUGCUCAACCUGCUCGAGAACUUCGCCCUCCUCAUCCUCACCUACGUGUCCUCCUCCGAGAACUAUGCAAUCCAUGAAAACGCCUUCAUCGUGUUCAUCACCUCAGCUCUGGGCCACAUGCUGCUCACCUGCAUCCUCUGGAGGAUGACGAAGAAGCACACAGUAAGUCCCGAGGAGCGCAAGUCCUACAAGUGGAAGCAGCUCCUCUUCUUCUUCACCUUCAUCACCUUUGCAUUCGCUGUGUGUGUCUACUUCCAUCACAACUGGUACUGCGGCCCCGGAGUGUACACCGUCUUCGCCUUCCUGGAGUACCUGGUAGUGCUCUCCAACAUGGCCUUCCACAUGACUGCCUUCUGGGACUUCGGCAACAAGGAGCUGGUGGUGAGCUCGCUGCUGGAGGACAAGCACUUCUAGCAGGCAGGGGGCAGAGCCCCUUCCCUCUCCUGCUGGCCCCAGGUGUUUGCUGGGGAGCUGCCACAAGGACUGUCCCUGCAUCCUGGGCCCCACAAGUGACUGCACAUGGUCCCUGGCUGCUCCUGCAGCUCUUGGAGC